AUGUCUUCCGAUAUUGCUGAGGAAGUGCUCAACAUUCUCGAUGCCGCUGCUGAUGCCGCGACUAUAGUCUCUGCAAGCAAGCCUGCAGCUCGACUUAUCAUGAAUAUGCUUCCAAGCACGAGACUUAAAAGGGGCGACCAAUAUCAGGAGUCUACGCUUCGGCUCCUAGAGGCAUCAAGGAAAAUCAUGUCACCCGCCGUUUUCGAGGAGCAUUUUCACAAAUUUGAGAACAUAUGCGAUACGAGGGAAACGCUAGUGGCCGAUGACAUCGUGCAAUCAAUCAAGAUACGCGGGGCUAUUAAAAAGUAUAAGAAGAGGGCUAAGACUCUACACGAGAGCAUGACGGUCUCGUCGCAACAGGCCAGACGAGCAGCUCUCCGUUAUCUGCAUGAAGCUGCCUCUUCUAACAAUGACGCUGUAUCGAAGAUGGAUGCACUGAUGCUUCAAGAGGAGACCUAUCGCGGAGCGGACAGUCAUGAUGAGGACGCCCAGUCCAUGGAUAUCACAGAAGAACGCAGUGUAUACUGUCCCACCGCCAGCACGCUGACGUUGAACGAUCCAUUCCGGGAGACCGCAUCCGUCGUUGUGCAGGAUCCACAUGACGUCUCGAUUUUCCGGUGCAACGUCUGGGAAGACGAUGAUGAUGCACAGACCUCCGGGCGCACCACACCUACCUCGUAA